AUCUUAAUUAAUAGAAACUCUGAACCUCUGAAACUUGUUCCUACUGACGGAGAGAAAUUAGGAAUAUGAUGAUGUUUUGCUUGAGCAGAGCUUUGGCGAUUUCUUAUCCAUCGAAGCCACUCCACCCCUACAAUCACGGUCAUAUCGACUCGGAUCAUCCAUGUAAAUCGGAGAUUAAGGUCGAACUGGCGAUGUAUGGCGUCAGAACCUGAAUCUCUCUUUGGCGCCAUCAAUUGACGCUGAUUCCCUGAUAGAAGCGCUGCCAGAUUUUGUAUCAUAGAAGGGCCGGAAACUGUGCAGGACUUUGCAAAAAUGGAACUGCAAGAAAUUCAAGACAAUAUUCGUAGUCGUCGCAAUAAAAUUUUCCUGCACAUGGAGGAGGUUCGCAGGCUGAGGAUACAACAAAGAAUUAAAAAUGCUGAACUUGGUAUGAAGGAAGAGCAAGAAAGUGAACUUCCUAACUUUCCAUCAUUCAUCCCAUUCUUGCCUCCUUUGAGCUCAGCCAAUCUGAAGGUCUAUUAUGCUACUUGUUUUUCUCUCAUUGCGGGUGUAAUUAUUUUUGGUGGCCUUCUAGCACCCACUCUGGAGCUGAAGCUGGGGAUUGGUGGCACAUCUUAUGAGGAUUUUAUCCGUAGCGUUCAUCUCCCAAUGCAGUUGAGUCAGGUUGAUCCUAUAGUUGCUUCGUUUUCUGGUGGAGCAGUUGGGGUUAUUUCAGCCUUGAUGGUAGUUGAAGUAAACAAUGUGAAACAGCAGGAACAUAAAAGAUGCAAAUACUGUCUUGGAACUGGGUAUCUUGCAUGUGCUCGGUGUUCCAGUACAGGGUCACUCGUUCUUAUAGAACCUGUCUCCACUGUCCAUGGUGGAGAUCAACCCCUAUCAGUGCCGAAAACAGAAAGAUGUUCGAACUGUUCAGGAUCUGGAAAGGUGAUGUGUCCCACAUGCCUUUGCACUGGAAUGGCAAUGGCAAGUGAACAUGAUCCACGUAUAGACCCCUUCAUUUAGAGGUUGCAGAGUACAUACAACGGAAUAUUGGCAUGUUGCUGGGCGACAUGGUGAUAAUCCUCUCUAAUCACAGUGAUUUGUAGUGUUCUAUCAAACGAGAAGCAUGGAGACGUGAUGUAGGGGUCUCGGUG